AUGAAUCGUAUUUUCCACAAACCUAGCCCAUAUUUCCUCAGCAACAGCGAAUUAUUAAGCCUUAAGCACAUGAACCCAAGCAAAUCUUGCCUCGACAAGCUCGAUAAAAUGCCCUUGAGCAAGUUCAGCGAAUUCUUUUACUGCGACCCGCCGUUUCAUAGGUUCAUGUGCUAUGUUGUCAGGGUCCAAAUCGGUACUCCAGAAAUGGUCGCGUACUGGCUCAUGAAGAACUGGGCUGCAGAAGUACGCGAGGAGGUCUACGGUGUAAGAACCGAAACCGGAUAUACCAGCCUCGCGAAACUCGAAACCAUGGACGACGAGGACUUCUCUGUGUACAUGGCAGAUGCGAACUUCAACAAGUUCGUGACCCAAGUCGUGAGACUCAGACUGGAGUUUCCUCCUAGUCUCAGGAUGGGCGUAGCCAAGUUGCGUGCUCGAAUGGUCUCUGAUGGAUUACUGACGGUCUAA